UACAAAAUAUGAAACUGCCGACUAACAUAACCUUCACAUUGGAAAAACAAGGCAAUGGCUCUUCCUUUCCCCCGACGGAGAAAUCCCCGAUGUUCGAGCAGUUCGGCUUUCUCUAUGUUGCCUACAUUCUUCUUAUAAUGACAUCACUCUUUGGUAACUGUGCCCUCAUUCAUAUCAUUCGCACAAGACCCUCAAUGAAAACAACUACGAACCGUCUCAUACUCAAUCAAGCAUGCGCGGACUUACUUACGACGCUGAUUGUCAUGACUGCCAUGUUCAGAGAUACCCUGUUCCUUAAGAAGUGGUUUUACGGUACCGGAAGUCUUACAGCAUGCAGGUUCACGGUCUGGGUUACUUAUGUUCCACCACUUUGCUCCGUGUGGACAUUAACCGCUAUCGCCGUUGACAGAUACUUCGGGGUCACUCGCCCUUUGCAAGCCUCACCGAUAUCAAAUCAUUUCUGGCUUGUAGUCGCAGCGUUGUGGAUUUGGGCAGUGGGCUCGGCUGCUGGAAUGCAGUCUAUGGCGAACCUCAAGUUCGUCGGCAAGCAGGUUUACUGUGUGACCGAUUACUCGCACGUCGAAUUUACGGCGGGGAACAUAGCAGCACUAUGUCUCCUCCUGUUAAACUUCAUCGUACCUCUUGUGGUCAUGACAGUACUGUACAGCAUCGUGUGUUUACGCCUGUGGUCACGUGAUCCACCCGGUGAGGAAGCCAAUCAGGAAGAAAGACACGAAGAAGCGAUGAAGACAGCCAAGAAAGUAACUCGUAUGAUGAUUAUUGUAGUUGUUUUGUUUGUGUUGUGUUGGUUUCCUUUUCAAGUUUUUGUUGGUUUGGACACUCUGCAUAAAAUCACUUUGCCUUAUCCCGCACUGAAGUUUGUGGUGUGGCUGUCAAACGCUUACUGUGGAAUCAACCCUUUUGCAUAUUUCUAUUUCAACACGAAUUUCAAAAAGGAGUUGAGGGUUUUGGUGGGAGAAUGCUUCAGGAGGCCAAAGUGCUGCACCAAUGUUCAGCCGUCUUAGCUUUUUCGGGGCAAAAUGUUUUGAACCUAAUUAAUUUCUUGUACUGAAAUUUGGUAUUAUCAUAAAAUGCUUUUAUAUUGAUUUGAGUUUAAAAAUUUUCAUUUCAAUCGAUAUAUGUCAACUCUGAAUAUUAUAUUGGGUGAUUUGGCGACGUUCGUCAUUAGGAACGCCUUCUGACACAUAAAAUAAACAGCGUGCAUCUUACCGAAAUUCAAUCCCAGGUGUAUGUGCUAGCCUUGAGAGGGUUAUACGAGCCUUAGUUACAAGAACGGCUGGGUUAGCUGCCUUACGUUCUAGGGAAAAGUAAUUUGACGGUAAUAUUUUCUAAGGAUGGAGGGACACACUUGUAAAGAAUUUAUUGGCUGAAUCCUUCUGUGUUACAGGGCUCAAUAUUCCGUAAGGCUCUAAAUCUCGAAACUCGCUGUUCUCUCUAAAAAACGCUGUCCGUAUUCAAGACUAUCGUCAAGGUUCUGGUCUGUAAAACUCUCAAGUGUCACAAUGUCCUAUAUCACAAAACCACAAUCGGUGUGGUAAAAUCAGAUAAUCACUAACUUAAUCGAAUUUUAAGAAUCUGUGUGCGGUUUCA